AGUGUCCGCUCAGGGUCGGGAGGGGGCACAGCGCAGCCGCUCCCCUGGGUUCGGAGUCGGCAGCGCUCCGUACUGUCCCCGUGCCCCUCUCCGUGCUCUCCCUCUCCCCGUGCUGUCCCCGAACCUCUCUUCCUGCUGUCCCCCUCCCCGUGCUGUCCCCGAACCUCUCCCCGUGCUGUCCCCGACCCCCCCAAGCGCUCCUCCUCCUCCUCUUCGGGGGUGGAGGGAGGUGGUUUCAACUCCAGCUCAUCCCUGGAGUUUGCCAGAGCUGGGAGAUCCCGGCGCUCGCUUCCGUGUCGGUCUUAGAAACGAGGGGAAAUCGCAGCGAGACCUAUUUACAAGCAACUGCCGCCUGUUCUUGACGUGGUUCCUCCUGUUUGUUUUGAAUAAAGUGUGUUGUCAGACAAGAUUCAUCUCCUGUUAGAGUGGGAUUUUGUGGACGUGCCUGUUUCAAGCCAGUGAGCAUGCAGAGUCCCGAGGGUGGAUCAGACUCAGCAGCUUCCGUGGCUCUUCACGCCUCGGCCUCGGCGCAGGCGCCGGUGGUGCAGCCGGUGCCGGCCUCGCAGCAGAGGGUUUUGGUGCAAGCCGCAGGCUCCGCUCCCAAAGGGGCGCAGAUGCAGCAGAUCUCUGUUCCCAGAGUGCAGCAGGUGCCACAACAGGUGCAGUCAGUGCAGCACGUUUAUCCAGCCCAGGUGCAGUAUGUGGAAGGAGGAGAAGCUGUUUAUACCAAUGGAACCAUACGAGCCGCCUACUCCUACAGCAGCGAGGCGCAGAUUUACGCUCCCGCCGGCGCCGCGCCCUACUUCGACGCGCAGGGAGGAGGUGGAGCUCAGGUGACUACAGCGGCAUCCUCUCCUCCGGCCAUUCCCUCUCACAACAUGGUGGGCAUCACCAUGGACAUUGGGGGAAGUCAGCUCCUCUCCGGCUCGGGAGCCUAUCUCAUUCAUGGGGGGCUGGAGAACUCUAGACAUUCUCUGUCGCACACCUCGCGCUCCUCUCCAGCAACGCUUGAAAUGGCGAUUGAAAACCUACAAAAAAAUGAAGGGAUUACAUCACACAAAAGCAGUUUGCUCAACAGCCAUCUGCAGUGGCUGCUGGAUAACUACGAGACAGCGGAGGGCGUGAGCCUGCCCAGGAGCUCCCUGUACAACCAUUACCUGCGGCACUGCCAGGAGCACAAACUGGACCCCGUCAACGCCGCGUCCUUCGGCAAACUCAUCCGCUCCGUCUUCAUGGGGCUGAGGACUCGGCGCCUGGGCACCAGGGGAAAUUCCAAAUAUCACUACUACGGGAUCCGCCUGAAGCCGGAGUCGCCGCUGAACCGCCUGCAGGAGGACACGCAGUACAUGGCCAUGAGGCAGCAGCCCAUCCACCAGAAGCAGAGGUACAGAGCAGCCCAGAAGAUGGAUGGGAUGGCAGAGAGUGCAUCCAACAGCAACGCCCACACCACGCCCGAGCAGUCAGUGGCUGCUCAGAGCCAGCACCACCAGCAGUUCAUAGAUGUAACCCACGUCUUUCCCGAGUUCCCAGCCCCUGAUCUUGGUAACAUCCUCUUACAAGAAGGUUUCACCUUGAACGACGUGAAAACCCUGCAGGUUCUCUACAGGAGGCACUGCGAGGCCACUUUGGAUGUCGUGAUGAACCUGCAGUUCCACUACAUCGAGAAGCUGUGGCAAUCCUUCUGGAGUCCCAAGGCACCCUCUAGUGAUGGCCCCACCGCUCUGCCUUCCAGUGAAGAGGAACCCGAGGGGGCCCUCCCAAAGGACAAACUGAUCACGCUGUGCAAGUACGAGCCCAUCCUCAAGUGGAUGAGGAGCUGUGACCACAUCCUGUACCAGGCCCUGGUGGAGAUCCUCAUCCCUGACGUGCUCAGGCCAGUGCCCAGCACGCUGACCCAGGCCAUCCGGAACUUUGCCAAGAGUUUGGAGGGGUGGCUGAUGAACGCCAUGAGUGAAUUCCCCCCGCAGGUCGUGCAGACCAAGGUGGGGGUGGUGAGUGCCUUUGCCCAGACCCUGCGCAGGUACACGUCCCUCAACCACCUGGCGCAGGCGGCGCGCGCCGUGCUGCAGAACACGUCCCAGAUCAACCAGAUGCUCAGCGACCUCAACCGCGUGGACUUCGCCAACGUGCAGGAGCAGGCCUCGUGGGUGUGCCAGUGCGAGGAGGGCAUGGUACAGAAGCUGGAGCAGGAUUUCAAGCUGACCCUGCAGCAGCAGAGCUCUCUGGACCAGUGGGCCAGCUGGCUGGACAAUGUUGUCACUCAGGUGCUGAAGCAUCACGAGGGCAGCCCCAGCUUCCCCAAGGCAGCCAGGCAGUUCCUGCUGAAGUGGUCCUUCUACAGCUCCAUGGUGAUCCGCGACCUCACCCUGCGCAGCGCCGCCAGCUUCGGCUCCUUCCACCUGAUCCGCCUGCUCUACGACGAGUACAUGUUCUACCUGGUGGAGCAUCGCGUGGCCCAGGCAACAGGGGAGACCCCCAUCGCUGUCAUGGGAGAGUUUGGUGACCUCACGUCCCUGUCGCCGACGCUGCUGGACAAAGAUGACAUCGGCGAGCUGGGCACCGAGGAGGAGCCGGAGCGGGCGCUGGGGGAGCCGCUGGUGAAGCGGGAGCGCAGCGAGCCCGGCCACUCCCUGCAGGACAUCUGAGCCCUCCUCUGCGCUUCACGGAGCCGUGCGGAGCCCGGCCGGGCGUGCCGAGCCUGCGCCUCCCCGGAUCUGCGUUAUUAUAGUGCCUCUUAGUUUCUCUUUAUGUUUACUCGUGUUUGAGGAUGGGCUGAGCCGGGGCAGGCGCUGGUUUGGCCGGCAGCGUCCCUCCAGAGCGGAGGGAGAAGCUGCAGGGUCUGCUCCCGAGGGAUGGAAGCCUCAGUGGUCAGCAGCGGGCGGGAUGUGCCUGGCAGGGAGGGUCCUGUCCUCGCUCUGCAGCCGGAGCGAGCUGCACAAACGAGGAUUUCUCUGUCAGGGAAGGUGCUUUGGGCUCCUUCCCCGCGUCUCAGACUUCACUGUGAUACGAACUUGAACCAAUCAGUGCCCAAGAAGAAGGGGAAACACCCGGCCCUGCUCCUCCAGCCUCUGCAGACCAGCCGUGCUGGCUGUGCCUCGUGUCCCCGCCCGGGGAGGGGCUCAGGCUGCGCAUCCCAGCGGACACGGCCGUGCUCUGGGACUACGGGAUGAGCGUUCCCACCUGCUUCCACACCUCCCCAGCCUGGCACUGCACCCCAACGCUCCUGGGACCCCGACUCACCAUACCAAAGGACUCCGAGGCAGCGGCAGCUGGAGGCAGAGCGUGUUCUUUGUUCCCUGCACCACCAUGCCAGGGGGCAACACCAUGGCAACCCCAUGGCAAUCCAUGGCAAUCCAUGGCAACUCCAUGGCAACCCCAUGGCAACCCCAUGGCAACCCCAUGGUAACCCCAUGGCAACCCCAUGGCAAUCCAUGGCAACCCCAUGGUAACCCCAUGGCAACCCCAUGGCAACCCCAUGGCAACCCCAUGGCAAUCCAUGGCAAUCCAUGGUAACCCCAUGGCAACCCCAUGGCAAUCCAUGGUAACCCCAUGGUAACCCCAUGGCAACCCCAUGGCAACCCCAUGGUAACCCCAUGGUAACCCCAUGGUAAUCCAUGGCAAUCCAUGGCAAUCCAUGGCAACCCCAUGGCAACCCCAUGGCAACCCCAUGGCAAUCCAUGGUAACCCCAUGGUAACCCCAUGGCAAUCCAUGGUAAUCCCAUGGCAACCCCAUGGCAACCCCGUGGCAAUCCAUGGUAACCCAAUGGUAACCCCAUGGCAAUCCCAUGGUAACCCCAUGGCAACCCCAUGGCAAUCCAUGGUAAUCCCAUGGCAACCCCAUGGCAAUCCAUGGUAACCCCAUGGUAACCCCAUGGCAACCCCAUGGCAAUCCAUGGCAAUCCCAUGGCAACCCCAUGGCAAUCCAUGGUAACCCCAUGGCAAUCCAUGGCAAUCCCCAUCCUCCACGGUGCCCAGGCAGACAGGAACUGGUCCCACACCCUGGGGUUUGUGAAAUUCCCACUCCGUGUCCUGCUCUGAUGUUGAAGGGGGGUCGGGAGCAGGGCGAGGGUGUGUGACUGCAGUGCCUUAGGGUGAGCCUUGUUCCCAUUUCCCCCUCUCCGAGUGGCCCAGCACGGCUCAGAGUGGCCCAGCACAGCUCACACUGGCCCAGCACAGCCCAGACUGGCCCAGCACAGCCCAGACUGGCCCAGCAGAGCCCAUCCCGGGUAGGGAGGGGCUGGCACAGACCCGGGGUGGGCUCAGCACUGCAGUGGCGUUUCCCUCUCUGGAUCCUUUUGCCCUUUCCUGCGGCGGCAGAGCCCGUGGGGCUGAGCUGGGGGAGCUCAGCAGGGUUUGCUCCCUUUCCCGUGUCUGUGGGGCCGAGAUGAGGGAGCUCAGCAGGGUUUGCUCCCUUUCCCGUGUCCGUGGGGCUGAGCUGGGGGAGCUCAGCAGGGUUUGCUCCCUUUCCCGUGUCUGUGGGGCCGAGCUGGGGGAGCUCAGCAGGGUUUGCUCCCUUUCCCGUGUCCGUGGGGCUGAGCUGGGGGAGCUCAGCAGGGUUUGCUCCCUUUCCCGUGUCUGUGGGGCCGAGCUGGGGGAGCUCAGCAGGGUUUGCUCCCUUUCCCGUGUCUGUGGGGCCGAGCUGGGGGAGCUCAGCAGGGUUUGCUCCCUUUCCCGUGUCCGUGGGGCCGAGAUGAGGGAGCUCAGCAGGGUUUGCUCCCUUUCCCGUGUCCGUGGGGCUGAGCUGGGGGAGCUCAGCAGGGUUUGCUCCCUUUCCCGUGUCCGUGGGGCCGAGAUGAGGGAGCUCAGCAGGGUUUGCUCCCUUUCCCGUGGCCCUGGGAUCGCCCUGGGGUGCCAUGGGGCCACAGGGCAGAGGAAGAGGGGGGAUCUGUCAUCAAGCUGAACUGCAAAAACAAAGCCCUGGGGCAAAUCUCUCUGUGAAUAAAGGCCGUGUCAUAAAUAGCUUUUAUUAUCAUGAUGGUUUCUGAUGAUGCAGUGUUUGGCGUGAGCUUUUCCAGGGGUCUCGUGUACAUUUCCCAGGCAGAGCGUAUCCCAUCCAAAUCUCCAUUUUCCUCCUUCCCAGUGGCACUAAGUUCCCAGGUGACACCUUCAAACACGUUCCUAAUGGCAAGGGAAAUGAGAGUGUGUGCAGUGGCACGUCUCCCCUGUGUCCCACGCUGUCGUGGCAGGGUGAUGUUUGUCUGUAAAUGCCUCACACGGAGGUGGCAGGAGAGAAGGGAGAGAGGCAGAUUUAAAUGUACAUAACCAUGAAAACUCCCCGGGUCAGAGUCCACACUCGGGAUCCUGCUGAUGAGAUAAGAGGGUCUUAAAAAAACACAACAGAGCGACCAAAUCUUAACUGCCCUGCUCCCACUGAGGGCCGUAGGAAGUUCAGCUCUUCCUCCAAGGGAAGGCAGCGUGCAGAGGAGAUGCUCUGGAGCUCUGCAGCAGCGUGUGAGGAGGCUGGAGAAGCCCCCAAAGCCCCUUGCACAGAAUUCCCAGCUCAAC